AUGAAAGGAUUCAAGAAGCUGUUUAACAAGAAGGAUAAAGAUCACAACCUUCAGCAAGAGCAAGCACACAAUUCGCUCCCUCAAGCACCUCAACAGUCUCAACCACCUCAAGAAGGGUAUGUAACAAUGGAUAGCUCAUCUCUUUAUAAUAUGCCUGCUUCUGAUCUUGUUGAAAUCAUUUAUAAAUAUGAUUCCGAGGUAAAACACUUGAAUCAGCAAAUCUCAACUGAUUCGGAGCAGCUUGCACAGUUCAAAAAGGAUUUCCCUGAUCUACAGGAGAAGCUGGCAUUAUUUAAGAAGCACUCUGAAGAAUUGCAAAGCGAAUUGAGCAAGGUAGAGGCUGAGCUUGCAGAUACACAGACUUCACUUGAAAAUAGAAAAGCUGAGCUGGAUUUGACAAAGAGCCAGCUCGUUUCAAAGGACGAGCUUUUAGCUAAUUAUAGAAAGCAAGUAGAAGACUUUCAAACGCAAAUAUCAGAACUUGAAAAUCAAAGUAUACAAAUUCCAGAAUCCACUGGGAAUUGUUGCACUGACAGAGAAGCUGAAAUCGCAAAACUUCGCUCAGAAAUUUCUAAAUUAAAAUCAAGCUUAUCUGAGUCUAACAAGCUAGGCCAAGAAGUCCAGGAAUUGAGAAUCACUAAUAAAAUGCUUGAAUCAGAGAUUGCCAAAAUGUCGAUACAAAAUGAAAACAAUAGUAGCCAAAUAAAAAAUCUCAAUGAAAAAAUAGUUCAAAUAGAAAAACUAAAGCAAGAAAUUGAAAUAGAAUGCCACAAGAGACAAAUUAAUUUAGAUUCUCUAGAAAGAGAGCUUUCUAGAAUGCAAUUUCAAAAAGAAUCAAUGGAAACUGAAAUCCGCGCUUUAAGAGAAAAUUUGAGCAUAAAAGAAAAAAAAUACAAUAAAAAGCAAAGUAAAAUCGAGAUAAUGCAGGAUCAGCUUUCAGAGAAAACAAAUGAAAUUUAUAAGCUCAAGCAUGAAUUAGAGACAGGGAAACAUAACAGCCAAGUUGAAAUAUAUCAAAUAAUUGAAAGCCAUAAAAAAGAAAUGACUAGUCUUGAAAAUCAAUAUAAGCAAAAAAUAGCCCAAUUGGAAAAUGCAAUCAUUGAGAGUAAAAAAGGAGAAAAUAACGGAAAUGACAAAUACCUGGAAAAAAUCAGCAUUUUUGAGCAGCAAAAUAAAGAAUACAACUUGAAACUGACAGAAUUAAACGAAAUUCACAGAGAUCUCUCAUUGAAAAUUUUAGAUCUAGAAAAAGAAAACAAAGCAUUAGAAGAGAGUUUAAAAAAGUCCCAGCACAAGCGAGAACUUGCUAGACAAGAAGUGAUUAGGUUAUCGCAAAAACUAGAACAAAAAAACUCUGAAGUGAAGUCUAUGCCAUCUCCUACAAAGAAUGAAAACUUCGAUUUCAAAUUAUCUGCAUCAGAGUUAUCAAAGUACGAAUUGAAAGCAUUAUAGCAAUUGCCCGAGGAUGGCGCUAUCUUGCGCCAUCUUCGGGCAAUUCAAAAAUGGCCCCACACCGGGAAUCGAACCCACGUGUGGGGCCAUUUUUGGUGUGUGGCCAACAUCGACUUACACGCACCAAAAAUGGCCCCACACGUGGGUUCGAUUUCCGGUGUGGGGCCAUUUUUUUGGAUUGCCCGAGGAUGGCGCAAGAUAGCGCCAUCCUCGGGCAAUUCCUAUAUCCCUAUUUAAACUCGAGCUUGAAGCUUUAUAUAAAAUGCUUAUGAAAAUCAUGAUGAGUUCUAAUACAACCCAGAAAAAUGGGUCAUUUAUAUACAGUAUAAGAAGUGACGAGUUUUCAAAUCUAGAGCAGAAGCUUAAUAACAUUGUCAUGCAAGUCCAUGAAGCUUUAGACUCUCCUGAAGCUCAUAUUCAAACUGCUCCUGCUGAAAAUGUAAAUUCAUGGUCAUCUAAGCUAACAAGCGCAGUUUCGAUUGUUAAGAGGGGAAUGAGUGAUAGAGGACCUGUAAAAUUAUUUUCUUGCAUGUCUUCGCAAGAAGAAUCAAAAGGAAAUAUGAUACCAAAAACUUCCCAAGGUAGGAGGCUAAUAAGCAAUACAGGAGGACCACGAUCGGCAACCCCUGGAUUACAAGAACAAGAAAGAAAUGGAAGAAAAAAGCCAGCUGAAGUGUAA